AGAUGACAGCUGCGCACCGAGGGAGGGCAAAGCCAAGCCGCUCUGCCACUUAGGCACGAGUGGGCUCUGAGCCGGCCCAGAUCUGCCGAGGCGAGGCAGAGGCAGGAGGAUCCACUCCCUCUCUCCACCGGCCAAGCUCCGUGUCGCCUGGAGAGGGUGGCAGCGCCAAGGAAAGCGAGGGCAGGGGCAGCCAGAGUUCCCGAGCUGCCUACUUGAAGUCAAGGAGGAGGAAGAGGCGGCGGGACAAGCAGAGCCGGCCAGCCCGGAGGAGGAGGAGGAGAGGAUGCUGCUCCUGCUGCUGCUCCCGCUGGGGCUGCUCCUGCCGGCAGAGCUGGCCACACAAAAGUUCUCCGCGCUCACGUUUUUACGAGUGGAGCAAGACAAGGACAAAGAAUGCAGCUUGGAGUGUACAGGAUCCCCUCAGAAGUCUCUGUGUGCUUCAGAUGGCAGGACAUUCCUAUCCCGUUGCGAAUUUCUACGGGCAAAAUGCAAAGAUCCUCAGCUAGAUAUUGCCUACCGGGGCAACUGCAAAGAUGUUUCAAGAUGUGUGGCAGAGAGAAAAUACACUCAAGAACAAGCACGCAAAGAGUUCCAGCAAGUUUUCAUUCCAGAAUGCAACGAUGAUGGCACUUAUAGCCAGGUUCAAUGUCACAGUUACACCGGGUACUGUUGGUGUGUCACUCCAAAUGGCCGUCCAAUCAGUGGUACAGCUGUAUCACACAAAACUCCGCGCUGUCCAGGUUCUCUAAAUGAGAGGCUUCCACAGCGAGAAGGUACAGGAAAAGCAGAUGAUGCCUCAGCUCCUGCACUGGAGACACAGCCCCAAGGGGAUGAAGAAGAUAUAGCUUCUCGUUACCCUACAUUAUGGACUGAGCAAGUAAAGAGCAGGCAGAAUAAGACCAAUAAAAAUUCUGCAGCUUCAUCAUGUGACCAAGAACUUCAAUCAGCUUUAGAAGAAGCCAAACAACCUCAAAAGGACAAUGUGUUCAUUCCAGAAUGUGCAAAUGGUGGCCUUUACAAACCAGUGCAGUGUCAUCCUUCCACAGGAUACUGUUGGUGUGUCCUUGUUGAUACGGGGCGCCCCAUACCUGGUACAUCAACAAGAUAUGAACAACCCAAGUGUGAUAACAGUGCCAGAGCUCAUCCAAGCAAAACAAAAGAUUUGUUCAAAGGGCGCCAGCUUCAAGGUUGUCCAGGAGCCAAGAAGAAUGAGUUCUUGACCAGUGUUCUGGAUGCACUUUCUACAGAUAUGGUGCAUGCAGUUUCUGAUCCUUCUGUAUCUUCCAGCAGGCUUUCAGAACCAGAUCCAAAUCACACUCUGGAGGAGAGAGUGGUCCACUGGUAUUUUAAACAACUGGAUAAAAAUGCCAGCGGUGACAUUGGAAAAAAAGAGAUCAAGCCAUUUAAGAGAUUCCUGAGGAAAAAGUCCAAGCCCAAAAAAUGUGUGAAAAAGUUUGUGGAAUACUGUGAUGUGAAUAACGACAAAUCAUUAACAGUUUCAGAACUCAUGGGUUGCCUUGGUGUAACAAAAGAAGACAAUAAAGCAGACACAAGGAAACGCCAUACUCCAAAAAAUAAUGGUGAAAGCACUCCUUCCAACAGGCAGCAGACCUCAAAGAAACAAGGCUGAACAUUUCAUAUCUAAGGCAAAUCUCUCAGACAUAUGGGAGAAUCCCUCACCAAAAGGCAAUAAAAUGUAGUAUUUGCACUUUGUACUUUAAAUGUAAAUUCACUUUGUAGAAAUGAGAUAUUUAAACAGACAUUAAAAAUCUGUGAAAAUGUAGUAACGGCUUGUUUUAAACAGUUAUCACAUACAAUGUAUGUGUCUUUCUGUUGUCUCAAAUCUAUACGUCCUGAAGGUGUAAAAGUUUGCAUUUAAUCUGUUUUGAAAGAAUAAUGUUAUGUUAGGCAUUGACACAGAAACUAGACUUAGUGUUUUUAUUUCCAGUUGUAUCGCUUGUUUUCUACAUAAUUAAUAAUAUUGAUGAUGGUUAUACUGAGAACCAGCUUUAUUUGAAGUCUGCUGUAUUCAAAAGGUUAUUUUAUCUGUAUUUGAGGUUGCAUGCUCCUAAGUCCAAACAAAGGCUGGAAAUCAAUAUUGCCUGGGGGAAUUUUCUCUGUUGUGUUUUAGGGUGACAUUGUUUUUUUAAUAAUUGUGUUGGGCUACUCCAGAGCAGAACUGUACGUCAAGAAUGCAACAAUGAAAGGAUUUUAAAGGGUUUUUUUUUCUUCUCUCUUCAUUUGUCUUUUUGCAUUAAGGUUUUGUAGAGUUCUUUUCUCUAUCUUGUUUUUAGAGGACAUUGUUAUAAUAUAUGUUUAUUUUAUUUUCAGUCCCUUUUUUCUGUUUGGAUGAUCUAGCUUGCCAACAAUCUGACAGGAAGUUCAUUGUGUCACUCAAAAUGCUUCUUCCAAGACAUAAUAAUGUAAUAAAGGGGAGUAUUUGUUCAGUAUUGUAAAUCUAAUUAUAAGGAGACAAAGAAGGUGAAUCUGGCUUGUCAAGUGUUUCUUACAGUUGGCUGGACUAUGAUGCAUAACUUGUGGUGCCCCAGGAUCUACAAAGGUAAAACCAUCACUUGAACAAAUUAUGAACAGUUGUGUUUAAAAAAUGCGCUCAGCACAGGCACUCCCUUAGGGCAUCCUUCUUGCCAUCUGGGAGAUGUUCUUACAAGUUUUCAUACCUUUCCAAUCUUUUGGAGAUUUUUUUCCACCUCUUUCCUGGAAUGCCUUAAGGGGACAUGAACUAGCAGAUGUGAACUUCAUAACAAAAGAUUUGAAAAGAACAAAAAAUAAUGAGCCGAGCUUCAGACCUUGGAUAGCAAUAAAUUUUAAGCAGCCAGAGAGAUUAAUGCACAGGGUAGACACACACUGCCAGCAUCCCAAAAAAUAAUGUUAAAUGAUGUGCCUAUUUAGGAUUGUAGCAAUGAACAGUGAUUUUUUUGUUCAUUAAAACAGCCUGGACAAGGCACAGGAAUAACAGUUGGUAAUCAGAUUCUAAUACAGGCUCUGUGUUUGUAUCUGCCUACAUAGCUACAUGAUAAUAUACUGUUGGCUAACUUUGUACUUUGUGGAACAGAGCAAAAGAAAAUUAGUCUUGUGGUUAGAGAUUUUGUGGAGUAGGGCACAAAAUACUAAUGUAAGUUUAUCUUUGUAAAAACAACAUGGAAUAUCAUUUUUUUACUCAGAAUUUAUUUGAUAUCUUUUUAUAAUGCUAAAUUUGAAUUUAAUCUGUAUAGAUUAAACAUGUAGUAUGCUAUAAAA